AUGGCAUCGCGUAAGCUUCUCAUGGGCCUCACAACCGGGAGGCGACUACAAUCCCGCACUCAGCAACUAUUCUGGGCCACCAGUCUCCCUGAAGCUACCACCUCUCGGUCCCUCGUGGUGGCUGCUGCAACGGCGCAGCUAUCCGGCAGGUUGGCAAUGCAAGAGGACGAGUUUCACAAAUUAGCAGAUGAGACGAUUCAUGAUUUGCUUGAAAAACUUGAGGAGUAUGGUGACUCCAUUCAGAUGGAUGGUUUCGACAUAGAGUAUGGGAAUCAGGUUUUGACAUUGAGGCUUGGGGAUCUGGGGACAUAUGUUAUAAACAAGCAAACGCCAAACAAACAAAUCUGGCUAUCUUCACCUGUGAGAGUGACGAACGCUUAUUUGCUCGCCGCGCAAGCAGCACGGCCACUUGAGGUUUCAAAGAGCCUGCGCUGCGUGGCUAGAGGAGAGCUCAGAUUUAGAAAGUAA